AUGUCGAACUCGCCACUCUCCCCGUCGCCAGCUGGCUUUCCGCCAACAACAUUGACACCUUGCCCUACACCUCCUUCUUCCGUCUUCUCACGAUUGUCUCAGCCUAAAACGGUUGCCAAGCAGUUGGAAGAAGCAGCCGUUGGAGCUUUACCUCCCAACCCGACUAUUGAGGAUCUGCCCAAGAUUACCUGGAGGAACCGUCGCUUCGUCCAAGAGGAUUUGUUGGCUCGAAAAGGUGCAAAGGGCAGGAAGAGCUGGAUUAGGUCGCAUGGAACCUUCCUUGUCGAACUGAACUAUCAGGAUCUACCGAUAGGCCACGUCUGGUGCUGCGAUCGAUGUGAUAUGAGAGGCGCAGCGGAGUUCUUCUCGGUGCAAGCCACAUCUUCCGCAGCAGAUCAUCUGUGA